GUUGUGCCGAUCGUAUCCAGAGGAAACGGUUGAACAUGUUUUAGUGAAGCGGGGAAAGUAGAGAAGUCUAUCUUGCCUGGAAAUCAUACUGGCACAUUUAUAACAGGUACGGCUUGUAGUGCAGUACUUUCUUUGUAUCUCAAUCUCUGUUUCGCGAGAGAAGUGGUUUGUUUGACUAUACGAGUAUCGGCUCCUCCAGUACUUAAUGUAUACACAACGGAUACACAACCACUUUAGAUUUGACGUGUUCUUAAUGUAAGAUCUGAACUUGCAAUGAUAGCUUGAUUUGGUAGUGGAAACUUGCACGGUAAUCAUAAAUCUUCCCGCUGUGGAAAGAAAAACUCAGUCUCGGUCAGCAAUUAAGCGCGUUUCGCGCUCGAUUCAAGACACACAACGCUGUCAGAUAAAAUAUUUUACACUGCAAGAUACGGAGCAGCUGCUUAAAAAAUAAUGCUUUCUGCCUUGUAUUGAAUAGAAAUCUCCUCGUUGGUGAUUGUAAUUCCCCAACUUUUGAUAUAAAAUACAUUAGCUAUGUUAAACGUAGUUGAAAUUCGAAAAGAGUAAGGCUUAUCGUUCUGUCGAAGCCUCCUAAAGACGAUGAAAAAUUAGGCUCAAUUCUUAAUGGCGUCCAUGGAUACGGUUGCAUAAGGUACAUGUAAAAAGAUGUCGUUUUUCCAGAUUAUGCUAAAACUGGAUUUAAAAUUUCAUAGUUUAGUCUACUGAAAUUCAUUCAGCUGCUGCUUAAAUUUCUAUCCAGAAAGCUGAUGUAGCAAGUUUUGUCUUUAAAAGUUUAGUAAGCUUAAAUUUUUGGAGUUCGAUAACUGAUCGAGCGUAUGCUUGAGAAUAUAAUAGGAAAUCUUGCAUCUGUGAAAUUGUUUAGCUUGAUUUCAUGUUUAAACUAACCUGAAAAUUCAAAGUAAUUAUACGAUCUUCUGAUGGUGACACGUAAGAAGUACAAAUCGAAAGUGUUCGUUUGUUAUAAUUAAAAGCUUUGGUUGAACGAUCUUUGUUUAUUACGUUAAUUGAAUAGUCUCUUUGUUAUCAGUUGUAGAAACGUUGGAAUCAACCCGACCUUUUGGUUUCUACUUUUGUUCAGUUUGUUGUGGUUUACAAAUAAUCGUAGCCAGGGAGAUAAAAGUUGAUCUACUUCCUUUUGGUCAUACAAUAGUUCUUAGCCAAACUUAAUUAUUAACUUUUUAUGAAAAACGUGAUGUCAUUGAUAAAGAAUUUUUUCUUCUUGAGGCAGUAAGCUUGAACCAAAAUGAAGGGGUUUUUAAAGCACAUACAGCUGUACAACUGAAUAUUGGAAAAAAAGACUUAAAGCCUGGUUUCUUCAUAAUUAUCCAGAUCAUCUUGAUCACCAGAGUUACAUGUACAGUGUAUCUUAAAAUGUGUUCACUGCUGGAUCAAGGCACACUGAAACACCUCUAAAUUAUGUGAUGUAGGGCAAUCCAGACAAUUGGGGCAGUUGAAUUGCCUGUAUCGAGCAUAAGUGCACUAACGUUUUGCAAAUGAUCCAUAAGAAAUCUCAUAACUGAUAAAAAUUACAAAUAUGGCACUUUUUUAGUUUAGAUAUUUCUUUUGCCACAGCCCUGGUUAAGCAAUACCUUUGGGUUAAAAUAUUGGUUGUCCAUGUUGACCACCAUAAAAUUAAUGAGACCUAAGUCUGUAACUUUACACCCCCAAUUGCAAGCAAUACUACAAGCAUUCCUGUCCCUUUUACGUGGGAGUUCUUCCCAAGCCUAAAAAAUGAAACUACCUAAAAUUUCAUUUUUCUCAGUUACAUCAACCAAACUGUGGUGUGCAGCUACAGUGCCAGUAGAUAGCUUUUGAUUUUACAUUCCUUGCACUGCAUACCAUGUAAAUUGUGUAUGUGUACCUCUAGAAGUUUUACAAAGUCUACUUGUGAAUCAUGUUCCAUUGCUUUUAUUCCCUUCCACAGAGAUGUAUCAUCUCUUACCGUUCCUGUUGUUGCUGACCAGUGCCACAGGAGAUGGGAAUUUCCGUUUCACCAGCACUCAUGUCAUUGUAAAUGAAACACCAUUUACUCAAGCAAGUUUUGGGAUUUCCCGAACAGGAGGACAGGCUCAACCAGUUACUCUCACCUGUCAAGUUAGUACUGGCUGUCAGAUAUAUUACAGGGCCCAGUUGUUUGAAAGGAGGUUGUUAAACUCAUCACCAAGGGAUGAGUUUGGGUGUUGGUGCCUACAAAGUUGUUGAAGGCGGGUAAUGCUCUAGCUUGAGGGGGAGGUGUCCAUGCAACCCUGCGAGCGGCCCCCACCAGGCACCAUCACACUGAACAAUUCAGUGGAAUACUUACCGACCAGUACUUACCUAGCCCUUACCUCAAGAGGGAGGGAGGGAAGGGAAAAACUAAAGCAAAAAAUGGCACGCAAACAGCAAGCUAUUGCAACAACACUUUGCAAAGAACUGCAAGCAAGCAACUGCGUAUGUAAGUCACGAGGUGUCCCUGCCAGAGGCAUUGAGCUACCACCGCGGUCAAAUGUCUAAAUCGUUAUUUUUGUUUUUUUAUUGCUGGGAUUUCAUUUAAAAGUUAGAGAAAAAUGGGCAAAGAUGUAUAAAUCUGUUAGUCAACAUAAUUAUCUUUCCAUUUUUCUCAACAUUUUGAGCUUUUUUCGCUGAAAACGCUUCGCGCUAAAAGAGAAUCAUGUUUGAAAAUGGUGCCGAUACUAACGUCUGGAUCGGUUUUCAAUCACUUAGAACUUUUUUAGUAAACUUUUAAAAAGUUUAGUAAACUAACAGGACGUUGGUAAUACCCUAAACUUUCGAUAGUGAAAGUAGCAACCUUAACUUUGAAGUAUUUCGCUUAACUUUUGCAAAUUUCACUCGUUUGACCGCUGUGAGCAUUGAGCUGCCCCAGUAUAGCUGCAAAAACUGCUGAUCAACAUUGCUUCAAGGUUAACUUUGCCUAAAUUACAUUUAGCCACAUAUAACGCUAUCCACUGGAUAAAUCUCUGUGCAGUAGAUAGGGCAAUUAUUGGUUUCCCUGAUGUUUAUCCACUGGAUUGUAAUUUAUCCUAUCCUGUGUUUGAACAAUCAGAACCAGAACUGUAUUAAUUUUCUAUACUGUGUAAGCUGUUCAAUAGUUGUUUUUAUAACAAAUUAAUUUCCUUUAUGUUUGGAGUCAAAAGGCCCCAUAACAGUAGUGCAUUAAUUAACAGGUGAAUGUAUAUGUACAUAAGAUCAAAUUUGACAGUAUAUGGCAAAAAUAGGUUUUUCUCCUUGUCAUUCUGUAGAAGUUCAGAAAUGUACAGUGUAAAAAAGGCAAUACAGAUGUAGUUAAGCUGCACAGAUCUUGAUGUCUCUGCAUCACAUUUCACCAGUUGGAGGUUGUUACAAAAUUAAUAUUAUUUAGGGUUUACUGUGAACUUGUUAGUACAAAUUUUGUUGUGUCUACAAGGAAAACUUCAGGUAACAAACUAUACAGUUCACUUUCAGUAUGAUGUACAUGUACAGGUGUACAAUGAAGCUGUAAAAUUUUAAAUCUGAUUUCCCCUUCUGUUCUAUGUCUAGAUAUUAAAUUCAUCAGCUCAAUCGGAUGUGGAUGGGACAACACAGAACAGCGUGUUUGGGUCCAAUGUAAACUCUGGAUCAUGCGACUUCACAAUAGUAAAUGAUGUUAUUCCAGAAGUCAAUGAAACAUUUACUGUUCAGUUGAUUGUCAGUCAAGGAAGUGGAACAGUAGUGUCACCUUCACUGGCUUAUUUGACUAUUCUUGCUAAUGAUGAUGCAUUUGGUAUUAUCGGGUUUAAUGAGGUAAGGCAACUUUUAAAACUGUAAUGUGUGCAACUCUCCACCCCACCCCUUCUCCCCAAUAAGCACAGGAAAUUAUUGGCACAGUCCCAAGUUAUGAUGUGGACACUAAAUGAAGUUUUAUUAUGAAAAAAAUACUUUUGGGAUUCACUGUUUCAUUGUUUUAAUGUCAAAAAUAAUAGUCUGUGUCAUUGAUGAAAUUCAUGCCAAAAUGCCACAGAAUCUCAUCACCAAUAUAUGAGCUUGGGUGUACAGUACAAGGUAGCAGGGCAAUGCUCUAGUAUAAGGGAGGAGAUAGUAUCCAUGGUAGCCCUGCGAUCAACCCCCAACAGGAACCCUCAGGCUGAGCCACUCUCUGACCAAUACUAAUGGCCUAGCCCUGACUUAAAGAGAGAGGGAGGGUAUGGGAGAAAAAAAGUUAAAUGCACACAUGAGCCAAAGACCCAACUGGCUGGAGCUUAUCCUAGUUUCCUUAGCAUGAAGCAUGCCUAGGAGUAUUGCUACUCGCCCCCUGGACGGGAUGCUAGUCCAUCGCAGGGUUACCCCCAAGCAGUACUGUACAUGCAUGUCACUGGUACCCAUUUAUACACCCUGGUGAAGAGAGAUAAAAGUUCCUUGUUGAAGGAACCAACGGGACGGGCGAGGCUUGAACCCCAGACCUACAGAUCCGAGUUUGAGGUGUUAAUGACUUAGCUGCUUGGCCACACUUGCCUCCACGCAGGUAUGGGAGAAACGCAGCACUAAUUGAACUGGCAAGCAAGCACAAAGCUAUUGCAAAGACACUUUGUGAAUAAAAGCAAGGAACCAAUCGUGUUUAAAAGUCACAAAGUGCCCAGCUAAGGGCAUACUUGUAGGGGCCAACCCAAGUGGUUGGUUGUAUAGUGAUAUAUACUUGUAUUAUUAUACAGUCUUGUACAUCAUGUUUACAUUUCACAUGUAUUUUAGCGGAGCGCGUGCAACAUAGCACCACGCGUAAGAAAAUAUGGUAAUCUAUGCUUGCAAGAAAUUUUGGUUCUGAGAAAAUUGUCCAUAUGGAGUACAUUCGUACGUACGUCCACCCCCUUCAUGUUAGCGGAUGCCAAAUGGCACACUUUAAUACUAUCUGUGUAAAUCUUGGUAUUGGACAUCCAUGUUGUGAUCAAUUGACAGCUGUCAAAAAAGGGUAUCCGCUGAUCAGUGUCACAUGACUGCAUCGUGGGCUCAGGUAUACAACUCAUGGAAGUGAUGUAAUUUUUUAAAGUUACCCGCUGACCAGUUGUUUGUUUUUAAUUGAUCACGGGCACAGGUCAAUUUUUUUAACGGUAGAAUUCAGUUUGCUCUCUGCUUACGGCCAAAGUAUAAUUAAUUGAGGAAGACAUUUCCUACAGCAUCCUUCGAAAGCUUCGCUUUUGGCCUUGUCCAAAUCUAUAUAUUGAAUAUUUGAUGUACAUCUGUACAUGGGACAUUAUGUUUUCAAUUCUAUUUCAACAGACAGGACCCCUUGUGGUAGCUGAACCCACAGGUCAGGGUGGACUAACAGUCAUCAGGCUAAGCAGAAAAGCUGGUGAUCUCGGAACAGUGCAAGUGUCUUGGAAGGUAGGAGAAUUAUUUUUUUACUGCAAUUUUUAAGCAGACACCGACACCCUCAGAUGCAGUCACCAACACUGCACAGUGUGUACUUGAGGAUAGUUAGUAGAAGAACAGAGACUGCUUGGUUUUGAAUGGCAGCAAACAUCGAAGAUAAAAACAACAGUGUUGCAGUUUAUGUUGGGAGCUCCUUGAUUGUGCACAAUCCUUUUUUUUCUUCACAAAUUGUGACAGAAUAAAUUUAUUCAGUGGUUUUAUUGAUCAGAAAGAUCUUGAAAAAAAUAAUAGGAAUGUAAAAUGACCUUUUAGAACUAAAGCUAGUAAAGGAAAGUGGAUGUGAAUGAUUGUACAUUUGUUUCAUGAAAGUCUCCUGCAUUUUAUUAAAAGUUUUUAUGGAGCAUGGUCAUUUUUGUGAGAAUUUGUGAAAUCUUUGGAAUGUCAAAUAAAUAUUUAUUUUCUCCAGACACAAUUGGGGUCCUCUGUACUAUGCAUGUGACUAUGUGUACCAUGACUUGAAAAAAGUCAAGGCAUGUGUAAUGUAGUGUGAAAUGUCAGCCAUCUCUUUGCCCUACCCCCUCAAAUGGGUAGCCUGUGCCCUUUUGGGAGAUUACGUAGUUGCAAUAAAUAAACAAAUUUCAAGAAAUGAAAAAGAUAAAUAUACAUUAUUUCUUAAAUACAAAUCAGUGGACACAAGUGGAUGAUAUUCUUUGAGAUAGAGUGGAAAUUUGGAGUUGCAGAGAUGGACGCGUUGAUAAUCACUGCUCUUUGCAAAUUAAAAUUUAUGAUGAUAACUGUUUUUAAAACUUUUAAGGUUGCAAAUGGACCCAACAAUGGAGCAGAUGACUUCCUGAAUACCUCUGGAGUAGUUAUUUUUGAACAAGGCCAAAGGAUUGCAAACUUGUCCAUCCAACUGAAUCCUGAUAAUGUACGAAACAGUAAAUAAAAUUAAAUAUAGUCUUUAUUAAUACAAUGUAUACACCUACAGCUGUAUAACAGGGCUGGAAAUAAUUACCUGACUGAUUCCAGCCAAGUUGUCUUGUCAAACCUAUCAAUAAUUUUUUCUCAGGCAUAUAGUAACCAAUAACACAUGUAGUUUUUGGUCAAACAAAAGUAGUAGUAUUUUAUUUCACGUCAUAUCGCUAUAAAAGCUAUCUCCCCCCCACUAAAGAAAUGUUUUUAAAAAUAUCACAUAAGUGUAGUUACCAAGUUACCAAGUUCUUUUUGUUCAUGAAACCCUGUAUUAAAUUCAGGAAUUGUGGAACUCCUCCCCCCCAGGGACAGCUGCAGCAUUUGACUAAAUCACAAUAGCACUAAUAACUAUAGAGAACAGUCCAAUGAAAACUUCUCUAACAGGGUAAUUAGUUCACACAACAGGCCAUUGCACAUUGUUGUUACGGUUAAACCCCAUGAAUACAGACUCUGAGGGGGUAUAGAAAGUGUUUGUAUAAUGGGGUGUCUGUAUUAAGUGGGUUGAAUUUAGAGAAAAAUGUAUGGGCUAAUUUUUUCCCCAUGGACAAAGCAAACUGUCAGUAAUGAUGAGUUGUCCACAUUAAGCGGCUGCUGUCCUUAAACCUGGGUUGACUGUAUUUUUAAAACAAUAGCUUAUAGUAAAGGUGUAGUAGUUGACCCUUUAAGCCCCAAUAUCCACAUUCAAAUUCUCCAGACUGAUCUCUCUUCAUCUCCUUAAAGAAUUAGUUGAGAGCAUUAUUUUGAUAAAAGAUCAAAGUAUUUUCUCUUAGGUGAUCAUUUUCUUAAUUCUCAUAACCUCAUCUCAUGAUAAUGUGUCGAUAUCGUUAGGAGAAAAUUGAUGUUGGUCACUACUGGGACUUAAAGGGUUAAUUAUGUCUGAACUCUCAAAAGUGAAGGGGAGGAUGUGAUGGGCAUGUUUGUCAGCAUAUUAGAGUCAGCUUCUUGCUGGGGUUCUAACCUGUGUUCAGACAGGUUUUUUUAGAAGCGAGCAAAAGUAAAUGCCUGAUAAAAUUCUUUUUCGUGAGCCAGCAACCUUCCCUUUUGAAACUUCUACGAUGCAGGUCUUUGAGGACCAUACAGUUAAUGUCAUGUAAAACUGUAAAUUUUGUCCUUAAUAAUAGGUGGCAGAGAAUGAAGAAAGCUUCACUUUGACUCUAGAGUCACCACAGGGAGGAGCUGAAUUGGAUCAAAAUGCCGCAUCUAUUAUCAUCAGAAUUCCUGCAAAUGAUGUUCCCUUAGAAUUCCCACUUGUUCAAUUUUACAUCCCAGAGAAUCAGUCCAGAGUUGAAAUUGAGGUCUUCCGAGGGCUUGAAGCAGAUGGUAUUACAACUGUUGGGCCUGUGAAUGAGGUCACAACUGUGGAGUGGUAUCUCGCAUCAGGGUCGGCUACUGUGGGGAAUGAUUUUGUUGAUGGAAGAGGUACACUAACUUUUCAAUCUGGCGAAACAAAAAAGAAUAUCACUGUGAGACUAAUCAAUGAUAACAAUCCGGAACCAACAGAAAACUUUACAGUCCAUCUAGCAAAUGCAAGUCUUAAUUCAUACAUCAAACCUCCAGGAAUAGCAACAGUGGUUCUAUUACCAAAUGACGACCAUAAUGGAGUACUUGCAUUCGGCCAGCAUACUCGCAUUUUGGAUGAAGAUGGAGUUAGAUCUGGCACAUUUCAUGUGAAUCGCAGUGCUGGAACAUUUGGAGCUAUCACCGUGUCCUGGAAAAUUCAAGGUGCAGAUGCAAGUUCCAUUUUUGAAACAACAUCGGGAAUGUUAAAUUUUGCUCCAGGACAGAGUAGUGUAUCAUUUCAAAUUGUAGUUCGUGAAGAUUCUGUUCCUGAGGAAGCAAAAGAAUUCUACGUUCAGCUGUAUAAUGUCACAGGUGGUGCACGACUUGAAAAUACCUUGGCAGCUCAAAGAGCUCGAUUUUUUGUGGCUGACAGUGAUGAUGUUUAUGGUGUCUUUGAAUUUGCUAGUGAUCAUUAUCAAAGCAUUAAUAUGGUGAGUAAAUACAGUGUAGCUCUUACAGCUGCUUCAGUUGACUUUGAGGUCCAUAUAUGUAACGUCAUUUAGACACCACGUUUUUCUCUGUAGUUAGAUAUAUGUAUGACAAAAACCUGAAAUGAAUCUGUACAUAAAAAUCAAGAGGAAAAGCAAGUAUGCAUAAUUUACGGUACGUCACCACAGUACAGAUCAAGAAGGCAAAAGUGAAAAGAUUCUAAUACGACUUUUGUGGAUCAAGAAACCAAUAUUUGAAAGUAUUGUACAUACCUGAAAACCUUUUUUUGUUAAGAGAACGACUAUAUUAUAUCAUUUAUGGAAUUCAGAAUUUUGAUGGCUGCAUAAAAUAAGUUCUAGUCAGUACCAGUGUCUUAGCAAAAUUGAUAAUUUGGUACCUUGACAUUUUACUUAGUGAUGGGAAGGUAAGUGAACUUCCCUUCUUCCCUGUUAUGUUACAGGACAGCAUACCUCGCCAGCUUCAUCUCAACAUCACAAGAACUGGUGGUAUGGUGGGAAGUGUUGGUAUUAACAUCACUGUAACAUAUCAUCUGCCUGGAAGUAGCAUCCCGUCUAAUGAAGUAGCAUUGGAUUAUAAUGGUGAUGUUACAAUAGCUGCUGGCUCUAGGAGCACUUCUCUGGUUGUGCGCAUUGCUGAUAAUGGAUUCAUCAAGCUUGGAGCUGCUUUCAAAGCAGAACUGAUAGCUGCCAGAUUACAGAGUAGAGGUAUCGUACUUUGUAUAUCUUAAGGUCCUGAAAUUUUUAUCCUUUUCCUACAAGCCUAAAUUUACAUGAACAGAAUCGGAUCUUGCUGUGGUACAGAUGCAUUUUUAUCCAGUCAUGUGUUGCUCAGUUAUACAGUGUAGGUAGUUACAGGACUGUUACAGUCGCGACUAUUAGCAGCGCCCAGACACUCGUAGAAGUUUCUGUAGCGACUUUAUUAGAACCUCUGUGGUAAAAAUUCAUUGUACACACGUCAGUUGACAUCUUAGUCUCGUACAGUCCAUACAGAUAACUGUGUCACGGCUGCUUAAAUAUUAAUACAUGUAACACACUGUAGGCAAUGCACAAUUCGAGAAGAUGGCAGCUUUAUUUACAGUUGCAAAAAUAAGUGUCCUAUUGGCUCUUCGCAAGAUAAUAGACCUUUUUAUAAACUGCAUCCCUCCCACGCAGAGAUUCGUCACGCAAUUCUCCCCGAUCCAUGUGGGUGGAAGGAACGCGUGACGAAGCCCUCAGAACGUCUGCGCAGGAGGCCUCUAUCAGACAAGUUCAUUGCAUUCACGAUGAGUCCCUAGUAGUUUCUCUUGCAUGUAUCAUCUAUUGAAACGGUUUUAUUUUUUUAAUCUGGUGACCAAUAGCAUCACCAUUAACAAGCGAGGUGCCACCCUCCUCACCCAAGAUCGGAAGCAAAUCUGAGGUUUUCCUCAACGUAACUGCCAAAGAUGCCAAUGGAGAGGUUGGAUUUUCUACAGCUCAUCAGAUGUUGUCUGUGCAAGAGCCUGCAGGCCCAGCCUCAUCAUUUCUUCAGUUGGCAGUUAAGCGCAGUGGAACCGCUAACAGGGUUGUUGUUCACUGGAAUAUCACUAGUAACAGCAACACAUUUUUUCCUAAUGAUACUGGUCCGCAGAGGGGAAAAAUUGUGUUUGAAGAAGGUACGACUUAGAACAUGACUUCAUCAAAUGAUUAACUUAAUUGUAGUUACAUGUAUUAUGGAAGGGCCUGCAUUUGGUGUAGAUGCAGACAGUUGCUUUAGACGCGUUGGCUUAGUUCUUGUUAUUACACUGUGGCUCCGGCCUCGGGACCUUUGGAAGAGCUUUCAGAGGAGUUUUACCAUCGUGGAAUUUCGUAGCGAAUUUAUAGUUAGAGAUCAAAACCUGUACAUGUAAAUAGCUGCUACUGAAGAGACUCAUAACUUCGCAAAGGGGUGUGAUGAGGGGUUCGAUGAUCAUUGGUGGUUUGAAAGAAUUUUAUCACUGUGGUCGAACUUGAUGCAUAGUAAUUGUUUUUCUGUAAACAUGCUGGGAGAGUUUUUUCAUUUCAGGUGUGUUUGCAGGGCAUUUUUUCCUUAAUUAUUUAACCCCUCCCUCAAAAGGCAAACUGAUGCCAAGUGGGAAUUUGCAGAUUUCUUUUUAGCAACUGAGAGUCUAUGAGCUUAAAUUUGCUUUUAUCAUAAGUAUAUAAACUCAUCGGAGGCUUCGCUUUUAACCCGGGCUAAAUCUCUAUGUUAACGCCCCAUAAUGCUGUUGUUUAUUGUUUAGCACAGACGCCUCCAUACAUGUACAUGGACAAUAUGCUGACCAUUUUCCUUGUAGAAAAUAAUGCUACGUAAUUAUCUGGUCCUUAAGCUUCCUACACUGUCAACACCAACAUUGCUGAAACACUGCACAAAAAGGUGACGAAUUAUUCCGCCCUUUUAACUCUCUUGUGGACUAACUUCUCUUUAAAGGUCAAGAUGAAGUCAACAUAACCAUUGAGAUAAAGCCAGAUGAAACCCCUGAAGUGGCCGAGGUCUUUACAGUCAAUCUUGUAAAUGUCUCUGAUAUGGAUAGAAUUCAAGUUGGCGCUGUACGUAUUAACAUACUUUUUUUAUUUUAGCCAUGGCAAGGAAAUGGGUGCCCAUCUUACGAGGCGAACUCAAUCCAGCAGCUCAUUCUUGCAUUAGGAUAACGCUGACGUUUUACAGAUUUAUCUUCAGCUUAAUUAUGUGCAUGCACUUGUUAAGCUUUCUGAUACAUUCAACUUAUUAAGCCUGAGAGCUAGCUUAUAAUGUAUGCAGAUCAUGUACAGUAACUCCUAAAAAGUUAAGGAACGCUAGCCUGCUGAACAGGAGUUAUUUUUUCGCUUUUUACAACUGAGAGAAGAAGGCAAGCGCAAAGCGAGCGAGGGCGAAAAUGCGUAAGUACGAGGCGAAGACAUAGUGUCUUUUCUGCCGGCUAAGGAUUAUAUUUUUCUUCGCAUUGAAGUUGAUAUACAUGUAAUAGUAUCGUUACCGUUUUCCUUGGGUGUCCCUUGACAUAAUUUAUGGUUUUACACUCAUAUUAAAAGGACAAGGCUCAAGUAACAAUUGAAGAGAGUGACAAUCCUGGAGGGACAUUCGAAUUCAAGAAUUCCGCAGCUGUUGUUUUACAGGUAUUUCGCUUCUCUUCUUCGUUUCUUUAGAAUGCCAUCCAGUAAUUUUAAAAAUCCUCAGAAAUAAGUUACCAGCAAAAUAUAACAAUAACUAACUCUUCCUCCUUAGAUUUGGUUGCUAAUAAAGAGUCUGUGAUCUCAGUGAAUAAAGUUCCCACCCUCUCAGCCCUUCAGUGUCCUCUUUAUCACUGUAAAACCUUACGGAAAGAGGGUUGCCUAGUCCCUGAAUGGCGUUUUCCCAGUCCCUCUCGGUCAAUUCACUUCUGUGAUUUUUCCCUUUGACCACGUGACCCGAAACGCUUUUGCUGCGCGGAAUAAUGAGGCCUAGAGCCUAGGCAAAAAUAGAGUACAGAUCUCCGCCCAAAACUGAAUUUAAUGUCAUGGUUUUCGUAGCUGCCGUCCUACCUUUUUACAUUCCCAGUAGUUGAGUACAGUGAGCAGUACAGUGCCGCUUAAAACUAAGAUUUUUUUUUUAGAAUUUUGACCCAGUCCUAUUUCUAGAGUCACUGAAGCAGCUCGUUUCGAAUAAAUAACGGGGAAAGAAAUUCGAAUUUUUUGUGAUCUGGCAGGCUCAAGACUGUUAACUGUCAACAAAUAUUGCCUCCUCUAAACAACCUUAUAUUUACUUAUGCUGUAAAAAUAAUAACGUCCGUCUCUAAAGCACAUUUAAGGACGCGUCUCAUUUUUAUAUAAGCUAUAGCAUCACCAAGUAAACACAUUUUUUCAUUUCUUUCUAAAGGAAAGCAGUAGCAACAACUUCAUAAAUAUUGGGAUUGUGAGGAAGGGCAGUGCGCUGGACACUCGCUGGGUGUCGUUUGGAAUGGUUCCUUCAGGUGAGAGGAAGUCACUAGCUAUAAUAGAUCAGCUUUUAAGCUAUUUUCUAGGUGGCUUGUACCUUUCGUAAGUAGUACUGUCGUUUUUUUUUUCAUUUCCUUUUUCUGUGGGUGGUAUGAAUAAAGUUCUUGUCUUGUCUUGUGCACUUGUUCUACAGUUGACAGACGGACAGACAGGCAAACACACAAACAAACCGUCAGACAGAUAGGCAAAAAAACAGACAGACCAACAGACAGAUAGACAGACAAGCGAACAGAUCAGUGCCUUUAAUUAAUUGAAAUGUGGGUGGCCAGGCCAUAAGCAGAAAAAUAGUUAUGCAUAAGAUUACAAACAGAACAACAUUUCUUUAAACUGUUUGAUGCUAACAACAGCAACAACACUUUAUUUCGCUUUCAAAAGAACGAUAUUUCAAACAUUAACAUUGGUUUCCUGCAGUGGAAUAUUGCGCAGAUUUGGAGUCAAAGUGAUCAGUACUCAAGUGAUCGGGUACACUUAGCAAAGCCUACAAGACUGCAUGCAGCCAUUACCAAGCCUGUAAAGUAAAGAGAUGACGGUCCGCUAGCCAACUGUGGCCCACAAAGCUGCAAUUGAGUUUUACGCAGUGUCUGUGAAUUACUAGGAUGUUUUGCUCAGUUCCCCCCUCAAAUCAGUGAUAGUAGACUAGCACCAACUUUCAUGAUAGUGAAAUCUGGAUGAAAUCAGUGAGACAGUGUGAGUAAAAUUGAUGAAGUUAUUUUUCUUUUCGUUCUUUAGGACGCGACGACUUCUUGGGCAGUACAAAAACUGUAGACUUUAAACCUGGUGAAUUUGAAAAGCAAUUUCCCAUAAUUGUUCGAGAUGACGAUCUUCCAGAGGUGUGUAGCAUGCCUAAAAAUACAACAUCAGCCACUGCUGUCUUAAGUGGAGAUAUAUAUCAUUAAGUGUAACUCAUUAAUUAGUUGUACUUUUGCAAUUAAACAGUUCUUAACUAAUACUUAUCCAAUGGAUAGUGAAUUAUCCUGUGGAUAGCGCUAUCCUGCUUUUGAACAACUGGACCAGGUCUUUGCUCUCGAAUGAAUUCAUUCUGAGAACCCGCAAUGAAAUCCACUUGCAGGGUCCUCCUUGAGACUGUUUUCUUUCCUGAUACAAAUUUGUAAGCUGUGAAAUUCUGUUAUGUCUUAUCGAACAGUAAUGGAUAAAAUUUGAACGGGAGAUAUGUAUUGGUGGGUCUAAGGUGAGCCAUCAUAAAGACCCUACAGAUGGGAAGCGAAUGUUUUAUUGUACUUGUGAAAUGCCGGAAAAAAUGUGAUUUCUAAAGACCUCUGUAGCUUAACCUGCGUAGCAGGCGUAGCAAGGGGUUAGGGAAUAGAGGGAGGAAGGGGGAAAAGGAGGGGGAUAGGGGAGAGAGGGUAAACGACUCCCUUUCCUUUUCCCCGCUUUUGCGCUUUUCUCCCUUCCCCUCCCAUCCCCUUUUCGCGCCUGCCGCGCAGGCUGCUUUUUGUUUUCCAACUAGAGGUCUCAGGGAAAUUUGGCCUUUUUGUUAUGCACGGGAAUAAUCCGAAAUUUGAAAGAAACAGUUCUCUUGAGUAUUAUCACAUGACCCUCAUUGGGAAAACAAAACAAACAAGCUAAAGAGGUUUAUUAAACCUGAAUGAUGACUACUAACGUCUUCAGUUGCAUUUUUGGUCCCGUUACAAGCUUCUUAUGGGCUGAGAAAAAUAAAGCUUAACGUCAAACAUUGAUAUUUCAUUUCUUUGUAGAUUGAUGAAAUGUUUGUGUUGAGACUUUCCAGUACAGGUCCAGUAGGACAAAUGGGCGUUCUUGGAAACAAGAUAACCGUCAACAUCACCAUCAAGGCCAAUGAUGAUCCUCAUGGAGUAAUAGGCUUCAGAUCUUCAAAUAUCAUCAAAACCAUUGGUAUUCAACGUAGAAUAAUUAUCUACUGUAAACUGAUCAGUUGUGGUGUCAGAACCCUUCGUCACUUUGUUUUGGGAAUAAAAAUCUAGACUAAUGGCCAUUUUUUCUCGCAAAGAUUUACUUCGCUUUCACGGAAGCUACUUUCCUCAUUUCCACGCUAAAAUCAUCUGACAUCGCAUCGCCUAUCACCUCAAAGAACCUGGUUAUCACGCAUGAAUUACUAGUUUUAGUAUUACUAUGAGUGUCAGAAAUGUAAACAAACCUAGAGGUAGAGCUUUCAUUUAGGAAUUAAAGUCAAAAGACAGCUUAGAGUCUCCUGCAAAAAUGCAGCUAGGUCAUGAAUCGCCAGACGUUAGAAGUUGCAUCAAAUUGUGGGAUUUUAAGCAACUGGCCCUUGAUUCUGAACAUGAUAGAAUUUCAAGACCAAAUUGUUUAUAGGCCUCUUUCGUUUUCAUCCCAUAUAAAAAAACUUAAGACAUCUUAAGUGUGUCGCCUUAGAUGUGUUGCAUAAGAAUGUAAUGCCAUGGCCUCUGUAUUUUAAGCUUUUGAAGCCGAGCACGUGGAGGAAGUGUGCUCUUUGUUCCUGAAGGCCAAUGAGAAGACACGUUGCGAGUUUAAUGCAUAAUAAUAUCGAUAUCUUAUUACCUUUGUUCUAACAGCUGAAUCGAAAUACAGCACGGAGAGAGCCAGUUUUGAGGUUUACCGCGCUAGAGGAACCUUUGGACAGGUGACUGUAACCUGGAAUGUUACUGCCGACAACGGCGCAAAUACAGCUCUGGACGUCUCUCCCAUAUCCGGCCAGGUUACGUUUUCAGAAGGCGAGACUUCAAAAAAUAUAAUCAUUGAUUCCCUUCCAGACAUGGUAAGUAGAAAUUUCAGGUUUCGGGAAGGUAAUCGUUAUUGGCAAACUUAAAAUAUUUCCCCAAAUGGUUUUUGUCAGAGACUGAAAAUUGUUUCUCCCAAAAGUCUACUUCAGCAUUGACGAGUAGUGAUCAGUGGCUAUUUUGCCACGAGGAUGUUUACUUUAGUGCACGUGGCAAAAUGUGGCAAAAAUGCGUAGCCCGCGAGGGGAGAGGGGGGGCAAGACUCUUCCCUAUGCAUUUUUUCUCCAAAAUUUAAAGAAUAGGCCCUUUGUAGCUAGUCACUCACUUGGUUAUAAAACCACCUUCCUGGAGCGCGAGAGACGGACUGGAAGAAGACAAAGAAGGGAAAUUUAACGAUCUAAGCCUUUGUUUUUGUUGUCCCACUGCAUCCUUUACUCUCCUGCAUAGGGGUUUUCUAUCACUUGCAAAGGGCUUACGUAGAUAGCUUAUUUUCCUUGGUUACACUUUUCAUUUGUAUUGACCUUGUCUCAUUUACUUGGCUUUGCUAAUGAAACUUUAAAACUCUGCACGUAUUCUGUUUUACAGAUUCCAGAAACAAAUGAGUCGUUUACACUCUACUUAAACAAUAUCUCAAGCAACGCCAGGUGGGGUGAUCAGUCACUGCGCAAAGCUACCCUAAUCAUUUCCAAGAAUGAUGAUGCAGUGUAUUUUGCACAGCCAACAUUGAUAAAAGUGCGAGAGGGGCAGUAUGCUAAUAUGAUCAUUCAACGUGGAGGUGAUGGCACAAAUAUUGUUGAUGUCUAUUACCAAACAUUCGAUGGUACUGCAACGUCCUCUGCAGACUACCAAGCCACGACUGGGCAAGUCAGGUUUAACAUUGGGGAGUUUCAAAAGAACAUAUCGAUCUUGGUGUCGGAUGAUAGCACACCAGAAGGCGUGGAAACAUUUACAGUCAACCUUACCAAUUCCACAGUUGACACAGUGCUUUAUGGGGACAUUUCAGCCACUGUUUCCAUUUUUGCCAGUGAUGGAGGGACGGGAGAUUUCCAGUUUGCUUCUAAUUCCCUAAACAAGACAACAACAGAAAGUGCUGCUGUAGACUUCACGUAAGAUUUUAUGUACUGUGAUAAACAGAAAAACGAAUAAUAAAAUAAGGUUCGACGUUUGAACUCUAUUCUCAUCCGAAGACCCGAGAAUGCCUUGAAAGAAAUGAAAAGGAGGCAAUUAUUACUUUGUCAUGUGCAUUAUCUCGAGCACAGGAAAUUGCAUUGGCAGCGACAUCUUUCUCUUCCUACUUCAUCUGCUAGUUGAAGUGAUUUGUUGAACUUCUACGUUCCUUUCUCAUUUUUUGUUAACUAAGAAUGAGUAUUUACUUGAAGACCUCAUUUAUUUUUUUGCAGGAUCGAAAGAAAAAAUGCCCAGUUUGGCAUGGUCAGAGUGUACUGGCAGGUUUUGCGGCUAUUUCCAGAUGCUAGCACCACAGAGCUUUUGCCUGGCCAAGAGUUUACAAAGGUUUCUGACUAUGUUACAUUUGCUGAUGGUUCCUCAUCGGAAGUUUUAAGAUUGACUCCAAGGGAGGAUGGAGUAGCUGAGCAAGACGAGUCAUUCGAAAUUCGCCUUGUAAAUGCAACAGGUAAAAUUGCCACUUGACUACCAACAAACUUUACUAGCCAAAAAAAAUCCGUUUCAAUGACCCCAAAGGAGUUAUAUCGUUAGAGCCUAAACAAUUAAGAGAAAUUAAGAGAGAAGACAUUUUCAUUUUUGAAGGAGCCUACAGACAACAUUGGUACGUCCCGUUCUGAAGUCUCUCAGAGCAGCGAACGUGUGGGCUCUCCUCACAAUUGUUUCAUGUAAUGGCAUGUCAGAUGUUAUAAUUCUUGCCUGUCGUUCUAUUUUUCAGUUCUUCAAUUGUUCUGUAGCACAUAGCUUGGGAAAACAGUUGACAUUUCGCUACACUACCACUGGUUUCCCCCCGAAAUGACAUCUGAGAAACGAGCGCCGAAAUUCCAUUCCGAUGACGUGUCACUACCCAGAUCUGGGUAGUGCUUCUGAUCGGUUGAAGCAAAUUUCCCACGCGGCACGACCAAUCAGAAGCACUACUCAGAUAUGGGUAGACACGUCAUCAGCAUGGAAUUUCUGUGCUCGUUUCUUAGACGUCAUUUCGCGGGAAAACCAGUGGUGAAAUUUAAAGGCAAGUAAACAUGAUCAAACACUUUGGUCACUGGGUUCACCUCUCCGGUGGUGGACCGUGACCGAUGUGAUGCAAAGAUCAUUCGUUACUUGGCUACAGCCAAACACUUAAUAUUUUAGAAGUAAACUUUGUAUUAGUUCGGCAUCUCAUAGAUGGACAACCCAGCGCUGUUCCACAGCAUAAAACGCAUUCCCUGUGCCUGUAGCAAGUGACAAAUAAGUUGAUGAGUGAAACUUGUGUGCAGUUGUUUCCUGAGCAGACAUUUUGUUGCAGGAAUUGAUACUGGUGAAGACGGGACAAUAAUCAGGCCAUCGAGUGCUUUUCUAGAGAUAACUGCCAAUGACGAUCCAAAUGGACUCUUGAAAUUUCAAGACCGCUCACUAGACAUUCCAGAAGACUUCCUUCCUGGAAUGGAAGCUACUACCAAAAAGAAUUUAACAGUUCUAAGGAAUCAGGGAACUUGGGGGACCGUGAGGGUAAGCACUUUCAUUCGCCAUAUGCGUUUUUGGUAUGAGCCCCCUUCCAUUUUGCUCUUACAGAAGGUGACAAAUUAAGUCGUAGGAGAUUUUGGAACAAUGACGCAACACACCGAUGGCCGUAAGAGUAUUUCUGUCACAUGGAGGAGUGGUAGAAUUUAUUAGUCCAUAAUGCUUUACUGUGACACUUGUCAGCGUAAGGAUUUAAAAGGUUCCUGGAUAGUACUGUAGGUUUUUUUCUUGCUCAUUCCAAAUCUUUUCUCUUCACCGCCUCGUAUAUUGCCCUUUUUUCGUUUGUAAGCCCAAUAAAAACUUCUGGUUUUUUUGCUGAGGACUCACAAGUGGGGCUGUACGGUGUUAUAUCAAAGUAGCUAGCCUGGAUGAUUGCGUUUGCGUUCUAAACAUUACACUUUGCUUCUCACAGGUUGCUUGGGAAGUCCAGACUGCUCCGGAAUCGUUGGCCAGAUCAGAUCAAGCAUAUGAUUUAUUCCUGCUUGGAUCAAUGAUGCCAGGAGUCAGCAGUGUGCCAGCACAGCGGAGAGCAAACACAGGGACUUAUGUCUACUGUUUUGAUGGAACCAACAAUGGUAUGAACAAAAUCAAAGCUUUGGGACAGUACCAAGUUUCAUUUUUAAAUAAAAUCAUACAAAAAGAAAUAUUACCAUGUAAAAGUACUGCUAAAGAGGUUUGAAUUAAAUAGUCACACCGAAGGAUUUUGUUCAUUGACUUGGCAUGCAUUACACGUACAUCUGACUGUAACUGGAAAUGAAAAUGUUAAAAGGGUGUGCAGGAGCUAAGUGGGCUAGAGGAAACGUUAUCGUGACUUGUUUAGUGUUCUCUGCAACAGGAAAUCGAGAAACUAGUUUUUUCAUUUAAUUGAUUAGUCAUAGGGAUUUCUUCCGACCUAGAAACCGAGAAAGCUAACUUUUGUUGAAGAUGUUCAUUGUCAAGUGUGGCUUUUUUCAUUUCCUACAGAAUCAUUUGUGGAGGUCUCUGGUUUGACUGGUUUGGAUAGAAAGUUUAGUGUACGGUAAGUGUCAUGAAUAUUCUCUCUGUGUAUUGACUUGUUGAGCUGAGCUGAUAAGUGCGCACAAUUGCAGUUUUGUUGAUUGUUUUAUACUAUUUGGUUCCUUAGAAUGUGGGUGAAUGCAACUAAAGGGAAGAAUGGAUAUGUUUUAGCCAGUGUGGCGGGAAGUACAGUGAACUUUGCCCUGUCUCUCAACACAACUGGAUCAAGCACCCUGGCAAAAUUCGUUUACUUGACAAACACAGUAUGUAAAAAGUUAACGCUAUAGCCACUGUCUUUGAUGUUAUAAUACUUACUGAGGCUACACAGAUGGUGGUUAUCAUUACUUUUGUGGCACAUUUCUGUUUGUGACAAGUUAUCCUGUUCCAGGCUCCAAGAUAGCGAAUUGCGCGAAAAGUGCAUGGUGGCUGGCACCCGCGUUUUUUCGCUCGUCUGCCCUGACCGAGAGCCUGGCAGAGGAGGCCAGAGACAAGUCACGGCUGUAAUCAUGAUAGCUUUAAGCAGUCUUAGUUAAAUGGCAAGGUCAUGCUACUUAUUUGCGUAUCUAGUUGCCUCCAACUUUUGAGUUUGCAUUAAUGUUAAUAUUACGGAUCUUCUAGUCUUACCAGUUGUCAAAUUCGUUCUAAAAUAUGAAUAUAGUGACCCCACCCCCCUUUAAACGCUGAUUUACACAGUACAGCUUUGCCCCAUGUGAUAUCCUUACGAUAAACAGCAACCGAAUCGCACCAUGUGAAUCUACCAUUCGACACCCACAAGCCAGUCGUGGGUAUUAUUUACACGAUAUAACACGUGUCGUUUAUGUAACUUUAGCACAUCGUAUGCGACAAAGUUGAACCGUAUAAAUUAAUCUUAAAUGGACACAACUGAGAAUCAAAGAGAGGAACUGAGUAAAGUUGGGGACCUAUAUUUGAAAACUAAAAAUAAAUUAAACAUUCUAACUGUAUCGCUUUUUAUUUUUUCUUUCAGACGGAAAUAAGUUUUGGUAAAGAUAUAGCAGAUGGUAGCUGGCAUCUUGUGGUUUUCACUGUGGAUACAGAUUCAAACACAGUUCAGUUUUACUUAGACGGAACUGCCGUUGGUAGUCCUCGGUAAGCUUUCAAGAUUCCUGAGAAUCUUCCGCCCACAUUUAUGUAAUUAUGGGAUAACAGAUAAUUGCUUCCGAAAUUUCUGCCUUACAUUUUCUUAGUCAAUAUUUCGGGACGGAAAGCUCAUUCAUUAUCAAGGGUUAACCAACUGCCUCGCUUAAGUGGAAGGUGGGUGCCCUGGAUACCCAGGGGCUUCCACUGUGGUCACCCAGCCCCUAACUGCCCCCAUGGCUUGCAAAUCCCCGCAACCCAGCCAUUGGCCCCCAUUCCAGGCACCCGUCACACUGAUGAAACAGCGGAAGGAAGAAAAUAGGGAUGGGAGGGGGGGAAAGACGCUAAAUGAACCGCUCCACAGACCACUGCACAAACGCUCGACGAAGAACUCGCUGAUCCUAGCUGUGUGCAAAGUUACCACAAACCAUGUGAGCCUGCACUUAUGGGAUUGACCGCUGGAAGCCCGCUAAGCUCGUGGGCCACUUGACCGCCAAGCUUGUGGACCGCUUGACCGCUUAAUUGCUAAGCUUGUGAACCGCUUGACCACUAAGCUUGUAAACCACUUGACCGCUAAGCUUAUGAACCGCUUGACCGCUAAGCUUGUGGACCGCUUGACCGCUAAGCUCGUGGUGGUUAACUUAGUUAAAUUACAUUUAACCAAACUUAGAACCUUCGUUUUGAUUGGCUCUUACUUUGCAUAUCUUUCACUACGUCACUGAAGUUUUAGGAGAAAUGGUGUGGUGAAAGAACGCAUUAGAACAUUGAUUCAGUUACCUGAAGUUUGCUUUGAAGAAGCAUAGCACUUAACUCUCUUAAGACAGUCGAAAUAUCAACUGGGUAUUUUUCAGGACACUGACGCUAGUUUUAACAUUUGUUACGUCUCUCUUUUUCCUUUGGUAAAGUGUUAUUUUGAUUUUUUUCAUAAAUAUUCAUGGCGGAUAGGGUUUGUUGUUGGGAGUGUUUUAUUAGCAUGUGUAAUCAAAUGGCGACGAGUGAAAUUAGGGAAUAAUUUCACGCGCGUUUGUCCAAAUCCUUAUAAUUUCCCGAGCCUUUAGGCGAGGGACAUUAUUAGGAUUUGGACAAAACGCAAGCCAAACUAUUCCCUAAUUCACGCGUAUACCAUUUGAUUACCUAUUAAUAUCAUGGGUGACGAAUUACGUUAGCUAUCUUGGAUUUUUGAAAUGUUUAUCCUUGAUCGUAUCGAUCGAGAACUCCUGCACUCUCUCGAACGUUUAGAGCUUAAAUUUGGCUUAAGUUCAGCGUUUUUCGACAAAAUACCUGUUAGAAUCCUUCUUGAUGUGCUCUUUCGUGUGUUCAGGUUUUCUAAAGCGUCUUUUUGUGCCCUGACAUCUUCAUUCAUGGCAUUUUAAAACUUCGUCGCCAUCUUGACACUGAGACGUACGUUAUGGGUUGCCAUGGCAAUUUUGUAAUUUCACAUGUGAAAUUACAAAUUAACGCUGAAAUUUCGCGCCAAAAUUAAGGAGUAAUUCGUCACCUAUGAUAUUAUUCCUAACAUAGUUGUUGAGGACAGUUGUUGGUGGCAAUUUUUAUCGUUAUGUUUUUCUUUAUAGAUCCAUCCCGGCAGGUUCUUUCAGCUCUGGUGCUGUCUAUAGAGUAGGAAAAGGACUAAAUUCAGAACCGCAGUUCACUGGGUGUAUUCAGGACAUUACAGUAUAUCCUGAAGUGCUUAUUGCUGAGUAAGUUACUAGGGAGUUAAAGCCACUGACACGCGUUAAGUGUAUUCGCGUUCUUUGAACCUCAUCAAGAUUAUUUCAACUCACUCAUUUUGUCAAAUUACGGUAAAAAGAAAGGAAAUUAAAGGAGAAUUUGUUGCUCUCUGUUCAAGCCCACCAUGAAAAGUCGCACGAGAAAAUUUCAGGUGAUAGUCAGUCUGAGAGCCAAGAAAUGUGUCAUGAAGUGUAAUGGACGUGCAAGGUUGCUGUUUUGCUCGUGAAAUCAAUUGCUUUUUUUGACGAUGUUUUUCGCCGUCGCCGUCUUUGCUGCCAAAGCUCCCAAUGAUAUUGUUGAUCGCUUUUAUCUUGACCCUCACCAGCGACACCAGGGUUGCUCAUCAUUUACACUACUAAUCGAUUGAAAAUCGCAUGCGUGAACAAUUAACAACUAAAUUUGUUCUCGUUCGAGAGAAGGAUCCGCUUCAAUGUUUAUCCAAAUCAGUGGGAGAGGCUAAAAAGAGUCGAAAAAUCGCGUCGCCUCAAUCAAAUGGCACUUCUUGGUAGUACGCCUGUGAUUCUGUCUAGCACAUCCUCACUUGGAAUAAUAUUGACAUACCGGAUAACCAUAAUCAAACGAAAAAAACAGAUGGGUUUGAUAUUUUCAGUUCAUCGUUUGCAGGGCUUGGAAAAGAAACUGAAUUUUAGCUUGUACUUUGGAUAAGACGCCCUCACAUUUGCUUGUCCGGGACAUUGGCUAGUUGUCGUAGUUUAUGAUUUAGUCACAAGAUGACUCGCAGGCUUUAGGCAAGUGAGCUUAAUAAGUUACUUGGCCAGUAAGAAAAUCUACUUGUCGCGGUCGACCGGAUGGGUUUUUUUUUCUUUUGGAGCCCAGGGUCAUGCUUACGGCCUUAAGGGUGAAAAUGGUUGAGUUCACGUAUUCUCCUUUUUCCUUCUUAAUUCUUCUUUUUGCAUUCCUUUUUUUUGUUUUCAGUUCGAUUGGAGAGAUGGCAAAGCCUAACAGACAACUUACCCCUAUUAAUGGUUAUUUAACUUUCAAUCCUGGUGUUGCUGAACAGAAAGUCUCUAUUCACACCGUUGACGACGACGAUCCUGAAGAUGACACGCCUUACACUGUUGUGUUGUACAGUCCAAAGGGAGGCGCUCGAUUGGAGACUACAUCUGCAGAGUUUAAAAUGAGGCUUGAAGGUACGGUAUAGGCAGAGAGGAGGGUGCCUGAGGGAGCGUGGCCGAGCGUUUAGAGUUUUGUCCUUCCGAUACUGAGGCCCGAGUUUGAGGCCCGCCCUGACCGCUCUUCUGGAUUUGUUUGUCAGUAGAACCGAGUUCAUCUCACCAGCAAACCUUGUAAAUAGGGAACUGGUUUGUCAUCGACUAGUUGGGAUUCUUACUUGUUUCAUCAUUUAAAUUAUUUGCUCCUGUCCUCGAUGUAAACUACUGAGUUACCAGUAAUUAUAUCACUUCUAUGAGGUUAAUUUUUAUUAAAUUGGUGGUUCAUUCAAAGCCCUUCGUACCUAUUCGCGACUGAAGAAGUAGGUUCUUUGAAUGGAUUUGCUGUUCGAAUUGUUCGAAGAUAUUAACAUUUUGUUGUCAAUCUUGUUUUUUUAGUGCUCAAAAGCGACAAUGCCAAUGGCUUGUUUGGAUUCACCUCCAUUAACCCAGUAGUAAUGCCGGAAUCUUCUAAUGUUUCCCUGAAUAUCGAGCGGCAGAAGGGUCAGUUUGGAUCUUCCACUGUCAGCUGGAGUGUGUACAAAAGCUCUACUUCCUCUCUAGCAGUUAACGACUUUAUUAUGGCUACUGGUACCGUCGUCUUUGAUGAAAAUGAAAGCGAGAAGGUAUACCAAAUAAUAAUAUAAUGAAAAUAACAAUAACAUUCUCUUCCAUUUUUACAGGAAAUGUUAUCUUGGACCAGUAUGAGUGAGGGCAGCCCAAAAUGCCAACCCAAGGGGGGGGGGGGGGGGGGGGGGGGGGAUGGACGGGUAAAAAUGUUGACCUUUUAGCAGCGAGUAACACGAGCGAAUGACAAUACACAAUUGAUGCUUUGAUUUCACGUGCGCCUCAACUCUAGAGGCGGGGAAGCAAUCGGUCAAGUCGCACAUUACUCCCAUCAAUUACCCGGAUGAUGUCACGCAACAGCAAUCAACAACAAUCUUUAUUAUAGAAAAUGUAACACAUUGUCCUUUGUGCGUUCUUAUAUUGCUAGCCUGUGUCCUGUGGAAACUAGAAUAAAGACCUGUGUUUGAACGCCCACUAUGGGGUAAUACUUUACAUUAGAUAAUUGAGAUUUUAAUAGCCAAUUAUCAGUGAGGUCGUUUUUUCCUGGAAAAGUUGUACAUGUGUAAUUUUCAUAAGUAUUUAAGCGUGAUUGCAAUAUUACAGAAAUAAUACGUGCAAUUGCCAUUCUGAACGAUUAUUUAAGUAUUUACAGCGUGUCUACUAUAACCGGGGCCACCUAGACAAAGUUAACCAAUCAGAUUACAGAAAAACAACAGUACAUUCCGAGGAGGUUAGUAGUCAAUCAUGAUCGAAAUAAAAACAUCGAUCCAAAUCAACCAAUUACAACCUGCAGACGCGACCUUUUAAACCCGCUGAAGAAAGCCGGUUUAUAGUGUCACGCCAUUCAAAAUACAUCAAAAUAAAAAUGAAAACCAUUCAAUAGAUUAAGUACAGAAUCUGGGAAAUGAAAGGAGGUAAAUAUGCAAAGACCCUCGCCAAGAUUAAAGAUUGUGAAAAGCAAUAAUAUUUUUGACUAGAGGUCGUGAUGUUACUUCAAAGCUCGGCAAUGGUAGCGAAGAAAUGGCUGGUAGAUGACAAAAUAACAGCUUGGGUCAAACAAUUAUGUCUCCUGGGUGUUAUGUGUCAAGUUUUGAUCAGAAAACAUUGUCUGGUAAAACAUUUUGUUCCUUGAAAAACGUUUGCUAUCAAUAUUUAAAUUUUGUGCUUGGAGUAACUUAUUGUUUUUUUACGAGCUGCUGAUUGGCCCACAGCCAACUUUCUCGGAGUCUAUUGUUAUUUUCCUAAAACCCGAUUGGUUAACUUUGUUUGAGUGGCCCCGGUUAUAGUAGUCGCACUGUAAGUACAGCUUAUUCAGAACACUUCCCUUAAAGUGAGAGUUCCUAUAGUAUCAAUGCUCUCUAUGGUCGAUGAUAGUAUAGACAAUGGAAAUGACGUGAUAGCGGUCCAACAGGUUUUUCUCUGGUUCCACUUGAGUUUUGAACACUUUAUCUUCAUUUCUAUGAUCGACAAGAGGCUAGACUGGGUGUCUCUAGUGUACAUCGAUUAAAUAUUUUGACUAUUUGAAUCUUUUUUAACUAGACUCUAGUAAUUCCUGUGAACGAUGACAUGAUUCCAGAAGUAGAUGAGCAUUUCACUGUCAAUUUAACGUCAGUAGUACCAACAGAUGGAAGCACCCCAACUAGUGCUGCAAGCCUUAGACCUGGCUUUACCGAAGUGAAUAUCACUAUACAACAGAGCGAUUACCCCAAUGGACUGCUACAGUUCAUGUCCAGUGUCCCGUUUACAAAUGAAACAAUAUCACCAUCAACUUCUCAGUUCAAUUUGGAUGUCAGGGAAAGUGCCGGGGUGCUUACUCUUCAUGUAGUAAGGGCGCAAGGAACGCUGGGUACGUUAAAGUGAUCAAGUUUGAUUUUUAGGCCCGUCAAGAUGUUUAUUACCUCAAUAACUAUACGUUACAGGACUACACGCUGUCCAAUUUGGUCAAAAUUGUCGACAAAAAGAUCCUCAAUGGACUCAGCCAAUAGUGUUGUCCGACUCUGGCUAUCAGAGAUUUUUUAAUGCAAUUAUUUUUAACUUUGACUUGCGUGUAGUGCUCCUACUUAUCGAUUAUAUAGCUGGCCAUUUAAUUCAGAUCUGUCAUUGCAGGCGUAGCUGUUUAGCCGUUUGAUGCUUUAACAAUAAAAUGAUUUAGAAAUGUUUAUUCUAAUAACUCAUCAUUUUUACGGGGCGUUCUUCAUGUGUAUACCGAGUGUUAAUACCUUCUUAUCGCUAAAGGAGGCUAUACUUCAUAUAAUUAUUCAUUCCUUAAAUGUAUUUCUACCAGGCAAUGUCAAAUGUCAGUGGAAGACGACAGCAGGCACUGCUAAGUCUCCAGAGGACUUUACUGGGAGUACAGGUGCAGUGGAGUUUGCUGCAGGUUCUCGCAACAGCACAAUCAACAUCACGAUAAUCGAUGAUAACAUUCCAGAGCUCAGUAAGACCUUCAGAGUGGAAUUGUUUAAUCCAGAGGGUGGAGGUAGGCACGGUUGUUGAUAUUGUUCUUGAUUUGUCAUUAUAAGUUCCUGUGGUUUUGGUUUCGUUGUGCUGUCAAUAAAGAAAUAACAACUAAAAAACGAAAUAGAAAAGAAAAUCAAGAUUCACGAAUUGGCAGGAAGCUUUAAAGAUUGUGAUGUUAACCAAAAAAAAAAAAAUUCAUGCUCCAUACGUCGCGAAGUGAUAAAGGUCGUGCACUAGAUGGUGCAUGGUCCGCUGUUCGUGAAAAAAAGAGAGCGCCUACAGACCAACUUAUUGGUGCAAGACGUUUGGUCUUGUUCACCAAUACUGGUCGUGUUUUUUUUUACAUAAAGAAUAUAAAAGGAAAAUGACUAUUUCAUUGUUUUUACCUCUCAAAUUUAGCUCAACUGAAUGCAGUUGCAAAGACAGCUCACGUGACGAUCCUUCCCAGUGAUGAUGCAUUCGGCGUUAUCAGCUUUGCUCCAGAUUCCCUGAGCCGCACGGUUAGUGAAGCUAGUGGCAGUACUGUACACUUAACUGUACAGAGGACAGGCGGCUUACUAGGACCCUCUACUGUAUACUGGCAAGUGUCUGGACAAGGUGCCCAGGAUGUGGAGAACACAAACGGCUCUGUAGUACUAGCAGUUUCUAGAAAUAGUACGCAGAUUGCUAUACGGAUCAAAGAAGAUGCUGUAAGUUUUUUGUUACUUGAUGUUUUAUUGUAGUGCUUUUUUAACCCUCUAAGCCCUAAGAGUGAUCAGCAUCAAAUUUCUCCUUGUAAUAUCAACGCUUUGUUAAACAGAGUGGUCAUGAGAAUUACAGACAUGAUCACACAAGAUGAAUUUGCUGGAUAUUUUAUCUACGUCUCCCCACUACUUCUGUAGGAAAAGAAUAGGGGCAACAAAUGAGAAUUUAAAUUUUGAUCUUAGGGUUUAUAGGGUUAAUUCUAUUCAACCUUAAACUUUUACCUGCCAGCUUAUUUUGAUUGUUAGUAGACUGAAUACCAGUGGAGCCACACAAACACGCUUGGCUAUCGUGUCACAUAACACUUGCUCAGCUAUGGCCAACAGUUUGAGCAAUGAGGAAAUAAAGCAGUGUAGUCAAGUGUUUAUGAUUGAAAUGUUCUGACUUGGUUUUAUGUGCUUGAUAUGUUAGGAUCCUGAGCUAGCUGAAAGCUUCCUUGUUCAUCUGACGAAUGUAUCUGCGGGCCGUCUAGCAGAUCGUGGAACUCAGUCCAACAUCACCAUAUUAGCCAGUGACGAUCCGUACGGUGUCUUUAUAUUCUCUCCUUCUCAACUCACAGUCGAUGAAACUGACAUAGUAGUAAACUUUAUCAUCAAGCGAAUCUCAGGGACAAACGGUGUGGUGCUACUAAACUACAGCAGCAUCAGUGAAGAUAUGCCCAACAUGAGAAUGGCUACGCCAAACGUGGACUAUGUUCCUAUCGAAGGUGCUGUUGAAUUUUCCGAAGGACAAAAGAACGCUACCAUUAGUGUUAUUGUGCUAGAUGAUGCUACACCUGAAGCUGCGGAGAGCAUCAUGGUGAAUAUAACAGAUGUGCAGCUGGUUGGAGGCCAUCCUGUUUAUCCAUGUAAGAUAAUCUUUGCGAUCUGCAUUUAAUGGAAUCAUGUUCUCUUGUUUUGUUUAGAGGUUCUGAGGAUGACUUCUCCCAGCACCUCAGUUUUUAACGUGAUAUUCUGCUUUUACUACUAACUUGCCCUGAAUUCUGAGUAUUAUAACAACACUCCUCAAAUCUCUUAAAUGUCUAUUUUUAACCUCGUUUGUUCCUUGCUAUUCCUUUUCAAUUCUAUCACAUGAAAAAUUUCAUAUUGUGUUGGUUAACUUCCUCUAUCUGUCAUUGCAUACUGCUGUCUCUUUCUAAGAUAUCUUUGUCUUCGUAUCACUGCUUUUCGCUGUUCUUUAUGUCACUUCCUUCUGCUGGCUCUUCCUAUCAUUGCGUACUCCGUGCUCGUCUUAUCAGUUUUUUCUGCUAGCUCUUCCUAUCAUUGCGUUGCCUUGGUUCUUCAUGUCAUUGUUGGUUUGCAGGCUCUUCCUAUCAAUGCUUUCCCCGCUAUUGAUAUCAUUAGGGACCUUUAGCAUCAGGUUUUUCGUGGGAAACGGCAAACCGCAAAAUGUCACGUGACCACGGCCUUGCGGUCACGUUUGCAGUUUGCAGUUCACGUUUGCACCGCAGGAAGGGCUUCCAGCGGUAAGUGAUUUACGGCAAGGUUUUUUGCCACAAAAAAUUGUACAGCCUCGCGUUUAAAGGUAUGAACUAGCUUUUUGUAUCCGUUUGCGAUGUGUCUGUUGGAUUUUUGAUCUCGAAUCAAUGAAUUAUUGCUGAGUUUUGGGCGAUUAAUGUGAUGCACUUCGACUUGAUGAAAACAACAUGGCGGCGCUAAACAAUGAACGCGUAGUUCAAACCAAGUUUAUAUUCCUUUCUGGCGCACUAACAAAGGAAAGUAUUCUGUUCCAAUCCAGAGUUACAUUUUUUUUUCUAUCUUGUUUCUGAAUUCAUAACUUAACUCAGUCUCUGUUUGGUUCCUAUUUUUAACGUAUCACUCCGCGAAUAUCAUUUUAUUUUGCUUAUCUCUUUUAGACUGGGGAGCCCAGGCUUCAUAAAGCCUUCUGGUUUCUUCUGGGCUCCCUUGCAACCUUACAAUUCCUAUAUGUAUUCUUGUAUUGUAUUGUAUUUUGGCUAAAUAAAAAUGAACUUAACUGAACUGAACUGAACGCCUUGCUAAAGUUUGAAAUCUCGGCAACGCGAAACUGCAAACGCGUAACUGCGGUUUGCGGUCUGCGGUGUGCGGUUUACCUGAUGCUAAAGGUCUCUAUUGUCUUUUUUGCCGACGCAGUUUUCUUGGAAACUUAAACCCUUCAUUGUUGUUGCAGUUGCUGGUGUUGCUCGGCUAGUCUGCUACACUGCCGUUUUUAGUGUCGUCACGUAACGCUCCUCCCCCAGGAGCAUUGCGUGACGACACUAAAAACGGCUGUGUAGCAGACUAUUGCUCGGCUGGCUCUUCCUAACAUUAUAAUAUCUUCCUAUUAAUCUUCGCAAUGAUAGGAAGAGCCAUAUCCAUAAAGGCUUAACGUAUUGCUGCUUACGUUGUUCACAGACGAUUUCAAGUCAUACACUUUUUUAUUUUUGAUUUAUCUCUAUUUUAUCAAUUCAGUUCCAGACAAUUCACCUCGGGUUGGCACAUCACGUGUGGCACAGCUUGUGAUUAGAAAGAAUGACAAUGCAAAUGGCGUUGUGCAACUGUCUUCAAAUGCAGUCAGUGUCCAUGAACCACAUUCUGGGGCAAUUGUAAAUUUGACUAGAACAGCUGGUGACUUCGGCACUGUAAGUGAAAUUAGCACCUAAAAUAUAUGUUAAGUAAUAAUUCAGUGUAUCUUUCUCUUAUCUUGUUUUAAAGUUAAAUUCAGCUACAUACUCUUUACCCUUGAGCUUCAAAAUGUAUCAGAAGUUUGUCACUACGUUUUUUUUUUUUAGUUUUUAUUUUGGAAUAUGAUUGGCUAAAAAAGUUUUUAAUUUCUUUAGAUAUAUGUCGCAUUUGAAGUUGUCGCACAAUCUGCCAACGGCUCAGAUUACCGGAUAUUGUCACAAAACGUAACUUUGGUGGAACAGCAACGGGUCGCUGAAGUUCCUGUGGAGAUUGUUCACGACAUGCAACCUGAAUUUAACGAGAAUUUCAAAAUACGCUUGAUUAGCGCAUAUGGCGGUGCUGUGCUUGGUUCCCAGCUGGAGUGUACUGUUACGAUACUGGAAAACGACUAUCCCUAUGGAUUGAUUGGUUAGUAUCUGUUAGGUACAUGACUGGGUAACUUUUCUUAUGCGUUAUUGACCAUACGUGUGGUAAGAUGGUUGGAUAUUGGCCAAGUUAUUUUUUGGUGUUUUUAUGCACCAAGACGAAGUGGAUCAGUUUAGGUUUCAGGAAGCUGCCCACCCACCCAACCCCUGACCCUUGUUUCUCACUGAUCUGUGACUUAAGGGCAGAAACAUGGGUUAAGGGUAGGGUAGAUGGGCAGUUCCCCAGAAACCUAAACUGAUCCGACGAAGUCGUGGUCAAUAAAAACGCUAAAAAGAACGAGACUUGUAUCCAUCCAUUCUGACCUAACAAGCUUGGUCAAUAAAGGAUGUAUUUUAUAGCCAAAAAAGAGCUUUUUCUUGCGGGACCAAAGCUAGAAAUCCCGGCAAGAUGGGCCCAUGUGGUUUGGCUGGUUCUGGCGAGCUGGGAUUUUUACUUGUUCUGUUUACUUCAAUUUUUCCGUUUCUGUUAGAUGUUCAGUAAGAUGACUCUCCAUUCCCUAAAAACGACCUUUCGUUUUUCAUAGGCUUCGAUAACGAUUCUUUAUCAAAGUCAGUCCAGGAGAGAAGUUCUCCCAACCAAGUAACCCUUCGUGUUAUCAGGCGAUUUGGUCUUCGUGGAGGAUCAAGAAUUCACUGGGAAGCACGACUUAGGGGGGUACUCGCAUCUGAUGAUAUUACCCCUGUCGAAGGCGAUCUUGUAUUUGCUCAAGGGGAAUCGUCUCAUAAUAUUGUUUUUGACGUUCAACCAGAUUUUGUUCCCGAAGUCUUAGAGGUAAGUUUUUUUGGGGAAGGAUUGUUGUUGUUUGAAUAAAAUGCCGUUCCCUCACGUUGUGUGUGGUGCAGUUUACGACAUUGGCGCGAGAAGGUGUACAUUUCAUUCGGUGAUUGGGAAAUGAACGCACACUUCUCCCAAAAGGAUCCAAGCCGCGGGAAAACACAACAAAGGCACAAAGAAAAGCUUUCUGAUCAUAGCCGGGCUUACAAUAUUUACUAAUCCUCUGAUUUCUAUAUUAUUUUGUUUAUUAAAUGUGUCCAUUUUAUUUUGCUUUGCUUUGCUUUGUUUUUAUUUUGCUUUUAGUUUUGUUCAUUUUGUCAUGUGUUUUUGUUUGAUUUUACGUUUUUUUUUUGUUUCUUUUGUUUCAUUUGUUUAUUAUUAUAUUGUUUACCCUCAACAGCCGUUGGACAACAGAACUGUAACCGUAAGCAUGUAAUAAAACUUGAAUAAAUUUUAAAUGAUAAAAUAGUUAAUAAAUAUAAUGUCCUGUGAUAGUGACUUUAAAACAUAACAGCACAGACAUAAAGUAACAACAAUAUAACAGCUCUUGGACGUAAUAAAUAGUGUUUACUUUUUAAAAUAAAGAAAUAUAGCUAAAAUCAACAUGCUGGACAUCAAAAUCCCCGUCUUGUUGUUUUUGUUGGUAAAUUUCUUUCACAAACUAAUACAAGUUUUAAACUUACCGUGUAGGUUGAAUGUAGGUUUUGUUUUGUGAAAAAGAAGGUUUAAAAAAAUCCUCUUGACGCUACAUAGUGCGUUAAUCGAAGUGAACUCAACCAUUUCUCUUUCUUCUUAACAUUUAUCAAAGCAGUUCGUAAACUCAACUGUUCCUAAAACUUAAGGAUAUUUAAAGAUCUUUGUUUGGCUGUAAGGAUAAAGCUGUCUGAAAUCUUAUUUGUAACCUUUUCCUAAUUCCUAAUUCUGUUUAUGAAUGGAAUUGAUAUAACUGUUAGAUUGUUACCCUAAAGUCUAUUACACUAAUGCGAUUACAGUUACUGAAGUUAGACUUACAACAAAUUGAAAAUGAAGAAAUGAUCGUCGCAGGGACCGCAAUUUAUGCAAUUGCGUAAAGAAGCCCGAAAAAAAAAAUAUUCAAGACUUCAACUGGGUCUGAACCCGUGAACAAAUUGUUACUUAGCUGUAAAGCGUAUUUCUGGCUUUAAUUCGUGUACACAUGUGUGGUAUUCGUAUGUUGAUAAAACUCUAUUUGUUUGUCCUUUAGAGAUGCAAACUUGCAAAUUUGUGAUAUCGUGAAAAGUGAGAAAAGAUAUGCAUGCAUAGGUCAUUGCACAAUCUGGUUUGAUACAGUAGUGUUAGGGCAUUUCUAUACUGUUAACUGUGGAAGGCCUUCGUAGCAGAAAAUACCCUAUGACUUUUUUUGUAUGUACUAUGUACAGACUGAAAUGCCUAUCUACCGCAGGUUGACUGUGAAAUGAACAAAUCUUUUCUCUUUAUCGUAGGUCAUCGACGUCAACCUUACAUCAGUGACAUUUUUAUCUGAGGGGACGCCCUCUCUAGACGAAUCCACGAGAGUUGCACGAGUGCGGAUUGAGCCUAAUGAUGCCCCCCAUGGGGUGGUAGAGUUUGCUCAAGGAAAUUACAAUGUCUCCGAGGGAAGAACAGCGUAUCUGUUGGUCUCAAGGCAGUUCGGCACAGCGGGCGACAUCAGAGUCUUUUACAGGCAUGUGUUUAUUUCUUUUCAGUGAACUGGCAUUCCGUGACACACUUGUCUAUUAACUUGUACCGAACGAGGGGUCGAGGCUCAAAGUUAGACAACAGGAAAAAAAUUUCCUUGUUCUUGGCUAACGAAAGUUAACUGUCAUUUGCGAAAGUAGCCUCAUCUUGCGAACAUUUGAGUAUUUUCUUUAAUACCUACACCACGUCGUCUUCUUUUUAUCAGUAAUACGGGGUAGGAGUUUGUCAGUAAUCUUAAUCUUGUGACAAGCGAAUCGACCCAAUCGAGCGACUCAGUCGUCAAGAAGAAAAGUCUUUCGUACGUGAAAAAACAAAACCGCGCGACUACAAGGGACUUUGUGACAGUCUGGUAUUUUUUUCCUUUAGCCAUUUUUAACGGUUAAACAGAUAUGGAGUUGUAAUUUAAUGCUAGCAACAAAUGUGACUGAGAAAUUGUAAUAACACAUGAAAUAAUCAGUUGAAGACGUUUUUUGUUUGUUUUUAUCGUAACAGUGCUAUCGAACAUGUUGGAGGCAAUCAAGCCACGCCAAACGUCGACUUCAAUGCAA